UAUGAAUGGAGGUAGGGGGCGAGUCUGUGGGUUACAUGUGGAGGAAUUAAAGAUGCAAGUACGAACUUGCCUUCUUGUUUUGCAAGUCAGCAAACUUUAGUAACGAUAAAUAAGUCAUGAUUAUGCCUUUACCAGUCAUUUUAAAUGUUUGGGAUUUCAAGACGUAGCAUACAGCUUGUCAAGGAAAACUCAACCUUGUACCAUCGACGGAUUGUCGUAGCUCUAAACAUCAUGGCGGACGGCACGGAAGACAAGCCAUUUUUGGUGGAGUAUGCUGCACAGGGAAGAGCUAAAUGCAAAACUUGCAAGCAACAGAUAGAGAAGAGUGUGACUCGAAUAGGAAAGCUGGUUUCAAAUCCAUUCGGCGAGGACGGUGGGAUGAUGAAACAAUGGUACCACGUUCCUUGCAUUUUCGAUACUCUGUCCCGGGCCCGUGCCACAACGAAGAAAAUUGACAGCACUGAUGAUUUGGGCGGAUUUGAGAACCUCAAGGAUGAUGAUCAGGCGAAAAUUUUAAGCCUCAUUAAAGGUUUGCAAUGUCUUCUAAGAGGGUUUCAAUCCCGUUUCAACGUGGAUCCAAACGCUUUAGUUACUGUAAUAGUUACAAUUUCUUGGGUGCACUUUCAUGCCACCUUAAUUAAGCCUAAUCCCUAAAAGUGACAGUAAUUCCCCUUACAGUAGCAUCACUGAGUUUAACGCUAAGGUUAUGAGAAUAAAGAAAAUGAUCACCAACUAAUAUUAAAGAAGCUUGUGAUUAUAGACAAAUUCUCCUUAGUCAGCACCUCAGGAAAUGUGUAGAGAACAGUAUGAAGAAUAUGCAUAUUAAUGUUAGGGAGUAAAGUGUUAAUGGUGGGCAUGAAUGAGAGCAUAUUUCUGCUUGGCUAAUGUUUGAAAUAAUUCUCCUUAACAUGGUCUCGUAUUUUUUAAAGAUCUAGCUGCCAAAAUGUCUUCACCUAAAAAGAAAGCUGUACAGUCAACUCUUCCAUAUGGAAAACCAAAACCCUCAACUCCAUCAAAGGUUGGUUCAGCAGAUGGUAAAAAGUCUUCAAGCUCUGGCAGUGGAAGUCAUAGUUCAUCACCUCUCAAGGGGGAAACUGAUGAACACAAUAAAGACAACAGUUUCCGCGAAUUCCGGAGAAUCUGCAUGAACCUAGCUGAAGAACCAAGCUAUAAUAACAAGAGCAAGAUCUUGUCUGAAUUCUUUGCAAAGGGGAGCUCUGGAGGUACAUCAGAAUCAGUUAUUACAAGAAAUAGAUACUUGUAGUAAACUGUUGUUUACUGCUUUUGUGUUUGCUAAGGUCAGCUUUAUUUUUCUCCAGAUGGAUUUACAGGGGACUUAACACUGUGGGUGAAAACACUACUGCCUGCAGUCAACAAGAGAGUGUACAACUUGCAAAGCAAACAACUCGUUAAAUUAUACAGUCAGGUAGCUGUGACAAUAUUACAGUUCAUGAACAAUCUUGCAGGGCAUGAAAUUGCACCUGAUACAGGCGCCAAUGUGACUAAAUUUUUCACUUUGAUGACCAAAUCCUGUAAAUUAGUCACCAAAUUGGCAACUAGAAUGUUUCAUCAUAACCUUACCAAGAGAUAUAGUGAAUUAAAAAGAGUUGCAAAGAUAAAUCCUCAGCAAACUUCCUUGUUAAGUUUGUUUCCAAAAUGCAGUACAUGCAUCUCGAUUGAUAACCAAAAAGCCAUCUUGGAGUUAGGUGAGCUUGAACGUUGUAUAUCAUCCAUCCUAGUGUCCACUUUGCAGCGUGUUAAAGAUCUUUAUCUAGAACACUGAAGCAUAAAAAAAGGUUUUGUUUGUGUUUGAAAAUGGUGACCAACUUUUUUUGAAUUGGCUACCUCUUUGAAGAAUUUAGGAGGCAAGUGGCUAUCAGAAGAAAAGUUAAUUUCAUGCCCUGUCUUGUACACAGUUGUUUUUCGAAAGGUUGUGUUAAAUAAAGCUUAAAAGUGCAUGCAUCAACUCCAAAAGGUAUUGUUGGUAAUUUUCAGGUCAUUGUUCUUUGACCUCAGGAUUUCAAGGAAAUCAGAGAGGAUAAUAAGGCAUAGUGGGUUUGAUUAAUUUAGUUGUUUAUAUGACUUGUCAAAAUUCAUUGAUUACUGGAUACUCAGGUUACCUUUUGAGAAUUUGUUGCAUGUAUUGUUGUCUUUUUGUUUCUGACAACCUUUCUUGAAACAGCUGUAUGAUUCUGUACCUAAUAUAACCCCUAUAACUACAAGACUAAAGUUGUGCAUUCUUUACAAUUGCUUGAUUAUGUAUGUUAUAUUGAAUUCCAAGUUUUGUCACACCAAGAAAUCUCUGAUAGACGAAAAUAUUUUUAAAUGCAUUGUAAUGAUUUAUAGUUAUUAUGCCUCUUUGAACUUUUUUUAGAUUUUUGGGUGUAGCCAAGAUGACAUGAUAACAGACUUAGAACAGGUACAGUAAUAUUUUGAGUAAGGAAACUGACUUCACUAAUUGUCUUAUUUUGUUCAAAUAAUAUUUAAGAAUAACAUAUCUUUUCUUUUGGGCUUUGCUGUGCCUAGAACCUGGGCUAGUGUUAAUUCCUCUGAUAGGAGAGUUCUUCAGAAGACUUGGGUUACUUCAACAGAAUGUGAAGAUGUUUUUCUUUUUCAGAGAUAAGACUUGUCUUAUUAAACCCUAUUUCACUUCCACAGGGUGAUGUAUCAGAGACUUUGAGCACAUUUUUUCAGAGCAGCUCACUGCUAAAACCUCUAAAGAAGAGUUUGAUUUCAUUACAAGAGGUAAGUUACUUUGCUAGGUAACACAUGUAGGUACCUUUUUGUUAAAUCUCAUAAGCGAAAUUAAAUUGUUACAAAUUAACUAGUUCUUUUGAUACAAGGUUGAUGGGUUUCUUGACAAAUUGAAAACUCUAACAAAGGAAGAUGAUCAACAGAGGGAACUCACUAAGAUGACAAGAAGGUACAGUGCCACCUUAAUUUUUAAUAUUUUGCUUAAUUGAUUUUGACAUCUUUGUUAAAAUUACCUAACUUUUUUUUUUCACUGAUGCAUCAGCUGUGCAUAUCUAGUCUUUGACAUAUACAAAUGUAAAUUAUUUUUGUUUUUUUUUUUGUCUUUAUUUUGUUUUAGAUGCUCUGCAAAUGACUUGAAGUUUAUCAUUCGUCUUAUCAAGCAUGACCUAAGAAUGAACACAGGAGCAAAACAUGUGUAAGAAUUAAUUAAAACAUGUUUUCCAGAACCAAAUUUUUCAACUGAAAAAAACUUAUUGUAAAUCUGUAUUACAUGUUUGUUCAAGAAUAAUAGACUCUUUACACACCAGCAUCUGUAUACAUACAUAUAUUCUUCAUACUGUUCUCCGUACAUUUCCUAUGGUGCUGACCAGGAGAAUUUGUGUGGUAAUCAAGGGGUUCUUUUACUGGUGACCAAAUCUUUUGUUCUCAUCACCUUAAUGUGUGAUUUAGCUGUGAUACUGCAAGUAGAAAUGAGAUGUCAAUCACUCUUAGGAGUUAGAGGGUUCAUUUUGACUGUUCCACCGAUAACAUCCUUGGGUCAUGAUAUCCUACCUAAAAAUUACCAAAAACAACAACUUCAUUAUUUUCUAAAACCUCUGUCUUCAGUUAGGACUAGUGUGAACAAUUCACAUGAUGAUGAUGUUCAAUGUCAAAUUUGGCCAGUGUGGACAGGGCCUCAUAAAUUGUCACAACAUACAUUGUGAAUGUAGAUACUCAGCCCAAUUAGGAAGACCCCACAAUGGGGCAAGAUGCCCCUGAAAGGGUGGUGAUUUUAAGGUCCCAGUGCACUGCGUCAUCCAAAAGAAACCAAUUAUUGCAGUCUCUCUGCAUUUGUAUCGAUGAACUGUGUGUGUCUUAAAGGUUGCACACUAAAUCUUGGCGUAUUUAAUAUGUGUGCAUUAAUGGUGUGUUACCACUGAGAUAUAAUGAUGUAUGCCAAACUGUGUGGGUCUUAAAGGUGCACACCAAUAAGUCUUGGUGAUUGUAAGGUUGCUGUGCACUCUGUCAUCCACAGGGUUCCAAUUAUUGUGAUCUUUUUAUAUUGAUAUCGCUUAACUGUGUGUGUCUUGAAGAUGCACACCAAUAGGGCUUGGCGUAUUUAAUAUGCAAGCAUUAGUGGUGUGUCUCCAUUAAGAUAACACAAAUCAUGUUUUGCUUCAUAUAAACCUGUGUGUGUCUUAAAAAUGCACAGUGACGAGGCUUGGCUUAUUGAGCAUGCAAGCAUUAGUUGUGUGGUACAUCAGUGUACCAUUAAGAUAACACAAAUCAUGCAUUGCUAAACUGUGUGUGUCUUGAAGGUGCACACCACUAAUGUUGGCAUAUUUAAUAUGCAAUCAUUAGUGGUGUGUUACCAUUAUGAUAACACAAAUGACACAUUGCUAAACUGUGUGUUUCUUGAAGAUGUACACCAAUAUCAUAAUACGUGAAGGAAAUUAUUAAACCUUGAUUUUAAAAUGUUCUGUUUUUCAUAGCAUGUUAUAUAUACUAUUUUGAUCACCCUUAACACCCUAACAUCAGCAAGAGAUAUUCUUCAUAACCUGUACUUACUAUAAUUAAAAUUCAAGAGAUUUUGAAGUUUCAGAUCAUUUUCCUUUAUUCCUAUGAGCCUAGUGAUACCUUGGUGGUAAAAGACAUGCUAGUUCCCCCAUGGGUUAAAUGGUUAAACCAUCUGCCAUUACUGGUCACAUUUUAGUUGGGAGUUUUUUAGUUUAGUUGGCUUUAUCCAGCAUUGGGAAUGCUGGAUAAAGAGGGAAAAUGAAAUCAUUUACUUGUAACUUACCAAUUUAUAUUUUCAAUGAGUAAACUCAGUUUAUUUUCUAUGCACCUCAAGAUAUUUAUGUUUUAGGAUGUUAAAAGUAGUAGAUUACAUUUAGUGCUUAUCCACUUAGAGCUGAGAGAGAAUGAGUAGAUUGUUCACUGUGGUGGCACUUGUAGCCUUUUCGCUCCCAAAAUUUGAGUGUUAAUUGUCCCCUCUAGCUGCUUGUAAAUGAAUCAUGAGAAUUUGAUGUUAGAUCAAGCCAACAACUUCUACAUGUACUUGAUACGUUUUAGCAUUCUCAUCUCCAGUUUGCUGGAUAAUGUAUGGAUAUUAUAGGAAGAAGUUACAUGGUAAUCACAUCUGGCAGUAAAAAAGUUAAUGAGGUUUUUUUUUUCUGAUAGCUUGAGGAAAAUUACGUGCUUGUGAUGUGGAACUUUAUUUGUUCUUUGCACAUAGCUUAGAUGCAAUUGAUCCAAAUGCAUAUGAGGCGUUUCAGGCAUCAAACAACCUUACAGAUGUUGUACAGCGAUGCCUGCAGAAAAAGGAAUCAAAUGCAGGUGUUUUGCCAGGAAUGAGUAAAAAACUGAGUAUUAAAGCUUCCUUGAUGACACCUGUCAAACCUAUGCUGGUAUGAAGUUUGUUUACUUUGUUACUUACACUGUUUAUGUCAAAUGAAUGCUGUUUUGAAUUGUUUCCUUUGCUUUGUUCUUGGUUGGCACAGUGAGUACCUACAGAAAGUGUACAUAUAUCUAAGUUAAAGUGACCCCCUUAUUAUCAGCACAGGCAUUUCUUUGCCUGUGCUUAAGUGCUAUCCUUUGAGCAAUGCGAUCCACCUAGAGGUCUGGAAGGGAUCUUGCACUUCCCCUGGCAAACCUCCCUGACUCGUCUCAAAUCUUCCCUCCUGGGGAGAAACAUGUGUUUGACAAUAGAGGUGCACUUGUAGGCUAAGUUAACCUGGUACUUGUUAUAAUUUUUGUAUGUUACAGGCAGAAGCUUGUAAGAGUUUUUCACAGGCAUUGAAGAAAUGUCCCAAGGGAAUGUAUGCAGAGAUUAAAUAUGAUGGAGAAAGAGUUCAGGUAAUCUGCUUUGCAUUUGAUACUUUCACUCCCAGCAGUGACAAAGAUAGAAUUUCCUCCAUACAGUCUUGACACAUUUUCAUUCAAAGAAGUUGUAAGAACAAAUAAAGUUAUCAAGCUAAAGAUUAAAAGUGUUCCAGUUAUCUGUGGUUGCUUUACAAACAAAUUAUACUGACCAUCAAUUUAUGUUUGCAUUUGAUGUUUAAGGUUCACAAGAGUGGUAAUGAGUUUCAGUUUUUCAGCCGCAGCCUCAAACCUGUCCUUGCACAUAAGGUAAGCUGUUUAGAGCUUCACUGUCUUGCGGUACAACUAUGUUUUGCUUUUUUGACAUGCAUGUAACAUGCAGCACCAUUACUUUUUUGUCUUUCUCACACUAGGUGGCACCCAUAAAAGAUCAUCUUCCAGAAGCUUGUCCUCAUGGCAACAGUCUCAUAUUGGAUAGUGAGGUACUUUGCUCUUAUAUUUUGGGUUAAUUUUUUCCUCAGAUUUGUGUUUUUCCUUGUAGUUAUUGACAUAAGUCUCUGAUCAUUUUUUCAAUUUUUUCUCUUUGAAGGUGUUACUUGUUGACAACAAAACAAGCAAACCUCUCCCUUUUGGAACUCUAGGCAUUCACAAGGUAAUUGCAGACUAAGUGUUUGUGUUAGUACAUUCCUCGUUUAUUAAUUAAUACUACGGUAUAAUGAAAUGGAUAAUCACAGUUUGUAGAUGAGUUUGGUGAUACGAGAAAAUUCCGCUGUGAGAAAUUAUUAAAAUGCCUUUUCUCUCUUGUAUUCGUGUUUGCAGAAAUCGGCUUUCAAAGAUGCCAGUGUUUGUUUGUUUAUCUUUGAUUGCCUGCAGUUUAAUGAUGAGAACAUGAUGAAAAAGUAAGUUCUGUAGUCACUUAAUGGAACCACGUGUGUCUUGUAACGACAAUGUAUCUUUCACAGAGUAAUUUGUACAUGUAGCUUGAAGUUCAUUUGACAGCUUAUUGUUUUCUUUCCUUUCCCUUGUUUUUAUGUUUGCUUUAUUGUUUUGUUUUUGUUUGUUCUGGUUUUGGUUUGCUAACAUUACUGUUCCCUGACACACUCCAUGUUUUUAGGAGCAUGACAGAAAGACGGAAAGUCUUGGAACAAAAUGUCACGGUCAUCCCAAACAAAAUAAUGUUAUCAGAAAUGAAUUUCCUAAAGGUAAUGUUAUUAUAAAUAGUUUACUUGUGCACGUGCAUGUAGAUGUUUAUACACUUUCAAAUAUUAAUCUACAACAUAUAAGUAGGUAUAAGAUUUUCAGCUUACUCGUUGCUCUUUUGGCAAUAUGAAUUCUGUCUUGAUUCAAGUACAAGAUGAGUACAUACUGUUGCUAAUCAAGUAAACUUUUCAUUGAGACUUGAACUGCAAUGUCACCCUUUUUAGACAGAAAAAGAACUCUCAAAGUUGAUGACGCGUGCCAUCAAAGAAGGCCUCGAGGGACUGGUACUGAAGGAUAUCAAUGUAAGGCGGCAAUGCUAUUGGUUAUUAUAAUUAUGAAGUUUGAUUUGUGUAAUAAAUUGGAGUUCAUCAGAGCGCUUGAAGCUAAUACAGUCCAUGUCAAAUUACGCGCCCCGUUAAAAUGACCGCUCUAUGCUAUAAAGAAUAUGUCGGGCAAAAGUACGCGCUAAAAUACACGUCGCGUAAAUGCGAGCUAAGCGAAGUUGGACACCAGAUGAGGUGACUAUGAAUUGCGCAAAUAUUUCAGAAAUACAUUUCCUCUUGUUUAUUUUAUGCAGAUAGCUGCCUCUAAAACGCAGUCUUCCAUAGAAAGUAACAUUAAUCUUUUUCGUGCGCCUCUGGAAGCUAAAGAUCUAACAUUUAAUCGCCAAACAUUCAACCAUAUGUUUGUCUUCCUUUUUUCAGGGUAUUUAUGAACCAGGAAAAAGGCAUUGGCUCAAGGUAAAUGAGGCCAAAAGACCCAGAUUUAAAAUUUGUUGUAGUUGCGGUUCUUGCAAGAUAUAUUUUCUUUUACAAUGGUAUUAGUUUUUUUCAUACCUAAAAAGCAUUACUUAUCAGUUAGGCUACAUGUUUCUUCCAAUGCGUAUGAAGUGGUAUCAUUCAUAGCAGUUCUUACCAAAAUGGAAAGCUAAUAGCGAAGCUUCACUGUGAGUAGCGAAGCGGGCGGUAACCUUCUAUGCACUAGCAUCUCGCCCAGAAGGAAUUGUAAUACUCCUGGUUGCUUCAUUUUGCAGAAUUUGUACUUAUUUACUGAGUGAAAGGGCCUGACGGAAACGUAUUAGACUUAAGGUCGUGACUAAUUUUUUUUCCGUCUGAUGUUUGUUUACAAGAUGAAAAGGGAUUAUCUCGAGGAAGGUGCCAUGGCAGAUACUGCUGACCUGGUUGUACUAGGGGCCUACUAUGGAACAGGCAACAAAGGUGGAUUGAUGUCGAUCUUUCUUAUGGGUGUCUGGGAUCCAGCCGCAAAGCAAUGGUGUACUGUGGCUAGGUGUGGCAAUGGUCAUGAUGAUAAAACCUUAGAGCGGCUUAAUAGGGAACUGAAAAUGAAGAAAAUCAGCAAGGUUUGUGACGUGGAACAACAGAUACCUCAGUUAUGCUUAUACUUAUAGGGUACCAAAACAUUAGGACUAUACCGAGAUCCCUUAUACAAAAUAUUAUAGUCGAAAUCUUUAAAUGUUCAAUCUCUUCCCAUUUUUUUUGCUUGUUAAGUAUUUUCAUUUUUUUCCUUUUUUUCUUUUUUUGGUUCUUGUUUUUGAUCUUGUUUUUUCUUUGUUUGUUUUGAUAUUAGCAGUUACGGAAAUCUUAAACAGUUAUGUGAAUUAAUAAGGUGAUGUGAUUUGAUGCAGGACCCUUCUAAAGUUCCUCUAUGGUUGAACAUACACCGAACUUUAGUUCCUGACUUUGUCGUCGAAGAUCCAAAGGUAAAAUUUUAUUCUUUAACUGCGUAUGAUUGAUUUUUGCUAUAGUUAUAUAUAAUGCCAUUCUCACCUCAUUUACUCAACGAAUUAAGCACACAAUUGAUGUGUCUGCUUUCUUCAGAAAUCCCCAGUGUGGGAGAUAACUGGGGCAGAAUUCAGCAAAUCAACGACGCACACUGCUGAUGGUAUAUCGAUCAGAUUUCCACGAGUAACGCGGAUCAGAGACGACAAGGAUUGGCAAACUGCAAACGAUCUACCUCAUCUGAAGGUAUCUGAAGAUUUGUUUGUUUGUUUGUUCGAUCUUUGUGUUUUUGUUGUCGCCUUUUGAUUUCAAGGUCUCACUUGGAGUCAUUAUCUCCCGCAGGUUUUGUUCAAGAACUCGAGAGCUUCAACCAGUAAGUAAUAAAAUAGUGAUCCUUAAGCAGUUAUUUUAAAGACAGUGUCUCUUCUGAAGUGCAUUUCAAUUUUGGAAUAAAGAAGUUUGCGUUUAUUUCUUUGUUUGUUUAUAUGUCAUCUCUGUAUGGUUGUUGUUGGUGUAAGUUUUUUUUUUUUUGUAAGGGAAAAGAAAGACAUCGUUACUCUCUCACACAGUGAUAAUUUUUACCUAUCUUUUACAGAUUUGGCUGACCUUGUGGACAAUGACGAUGAUAAUAAUGCUGAUGAUGAUGAUGAUGAUGAUGCAACUGACGAUGAUCACGAUCCUCCAUCUAAGGACAAGGAGAUGAAAAACGAAAGCCCUUCCAAGGAAUCAAACGAGACUGAAAAAAUAACAAGGAAGAGAAAAACACUUGACUAUCAAGAAAAUAGUUCUCCUAGUAAACGGGUUAGUGUGCGCAUGUGUUUAUCGUUAAGACGCGGUUCAGAAAAUCUCACUCUUAGGACUUAACUUUGAAGAAGGGCUUACAAUAUUUCUGUUUAGUUGUGUUUCCGUUAUGAAAUUUUUGCACACAACUCUUAGCCAUCUAGAGACCUCACUAUAACUUUUUCAUCACCGUAGAGACUUCAGGUCAUGUAAGAGAGUGAAAAUUGAUGGUGUUCGUAGCAAUUUUGUGGUGGAAUUUGCAGAUUCUUCACUUUUGAAUUUGAUGGUUUGGGUUGCGAUUCCUAACAAGGACCUUUUUCGUAUCCUCCUUAGGCCAAGUCAGCCUGCAAGUACGGAUCGAAAUGUUAUCAGAAGAGUGAAGAUCAUUUGCAGAAAUACGGCCAUCCGCAGGUUUGUAAACAAAAAAUUUUAGCGUAGAAAUUCGUCGUUGAACCACACCUUCGUUUUUGAAGAUGAGUGUGAAAACCUGAUGAUAUCUCCCACCUCCUCAAGGUCACUGAGUAAGUAUUCAACAAAAAACCAAAAGGGAAAGAAGUUCUUUGCUGAGAGAUCCAAGGCAGGUCAAAGGGAACUUUUUUUAUCGCUGAUAUUUCUCUCAUCUGCUGUUUACCCUUUUCUGUUGUGCAGAAUGACAAUGGCGAUGAAUCUAGUCCAAGCAAGAAUAAGGUACCUUGAACAAUUUGUUCGCUUUUUUUGCUCCUAAUAUUUUUCCAGAACGAUCGUAAGAAGUUGCGGUCAGUGACUUAGGGUCCCCAAGCUUAGUAAAUUUUUCAUUCCUUAAGACGAAAGUCCUGCUGUGAUGAAAAUCUACAUUUUUUUUUCUUCAGAAAGAGACUAUUGUGUCGUUUAGUAAAGUUGAGUGGCCUUAUUUCAUGCUUCAUUUGUUGUUGGACUUGCUUCCUUCAUUAAAAAUAGUUCUUCUGACACUCAUUGUCUUUUUUCUUUCAUUUUGCAGUUUUUGGUCGUAAUUUUUUCCUGAUUUGUAGUUUUAUUUUUCUAGACUCUAAAAGAUAUCUUUCAAGGACUGACCAUAUUUCUCGCAAACGAUCUUGAAGAUUCUGCGAAACUCAGAAGAUACAUCAUUGCGUAUCCUUUACUGCCUUCGAACAGCGAAAAUGUUAAACAAACCACAGUCUUCAAUUACACGUUUAAACAGUCAAAUAAACAAAGCCAUGUCAAGCUAUGAUAUUCGGUUUCUUCCGUGGUGUUCUAAAGCCAAUAGCAUUACCUAUGAACUAAGUUAGCUCAUUUCCUGAUUACGCUAUUAGAUAUUUUCGUGAUUUUGUUGUAUAUGGUUGAAUCCCCUUAAUUAAGUGAUACGUUGUAGUUACGACGGAGAUGUAGUCGGUGAGUUCGAAAAGACGACUGCAAGCCAUAUUGUGAGCAACACUAAGGUGAGUGUGCUUUCCAAAAUUCACAUUAUUCAAUACAUGCAAAUACUCGUAUGUGACUGUAUCCCUUUACGUUAAAUUGAAAUUUCACACUGAACACUUCACGAUAAUAUUCAAAUUUCUUUCUUUACACCUCGCGUAAAAAUAGCCUACGUGUAGCCUACCCUCUCCCCCAAGGUGAAACGGACGUUUAUUCUUGUCAUAAUCUCAGCUUAUUUCCAUGCCUCAUCCAGUAUUUGUCGCACAAUGUUUUUGUCUCAAAAACAAACCAAUGUGAAUUUCAUUCUCAGCAUUGGUACUCGAAUCUUAAAUGGCACAUACACUAUCAACCGAGAUGUUCAGCAGUAUGAAGAAAUUUUUUCUAUAACUCCAGUUGUAGUCAUUAGAAAACAGUUACACUAGAGCAAUUAGCGUAUAUAAUUGGAAAAACAGAUGGUGAAAAUUUAAGAUGGAAUUGAAAAUAGGACGCUGUUGGACUUACUUUUGUGUCUUUUUAUGGUUUAUUCUGCAGGGUGGUCAUACGAUGGAUCGACCAGUCAAACUAGUUUCACCAUCCUGGAUCUGGAAAUGCAUCAAGAAAGGACACCUUGUGCCUGAGAAUAAAUUUGCACUCUAAAUUGUAAGAUAUUUAAAGUGAAAUGUGUAUUUAUACAACUUGCUGUGCAACCACAAGGCCUAUAUGUGUUAUCCAAUGGUCUCUUCAUCUCGAAUGUCAAAAGAGUGUAAAUACUUGUUCAAAAAAUACUAUGUAUUGCAAGGAAUUUUAAGUUCGUAUUAUAAAUGCACAAAAAGCACAUCCCACAAUAUUGUUUGGUGACAAUCGUCAAGUAUGAGGGGAAAUGCGUAGUAAACUUCUCUGCUGAUGUGUCAAAGAACUGUGGGUGGCGGGAUGACGGUUUGCUAUUUCAAUAAAUUGUUUCAAUAAAACAAAAAAACUGUUUCAAUAAAUUGUCAGCCAAACAGAGAAUGA